AUGAGAGAUCUCCCAAGAAAGCAAAAUCUGAAGAAAAAGGGUACACUCCCAAGUGACACAAUUGCAAACCCAAAAGGUAGUGCGAGUCGUCCAACUUCUCAUUGUAUGGCAAUCACAACUUGGAGUGGGAAAAUACUUCAAGGAGAGAAUGAACAAGUGGUGGAAGUGGAAAAUUCUGAACAAGAAGUUGAGGCACAAGUUGAGAUUCCAAUUGUUGUUAAAGUUGAAAAAUUCCCAAAGGAGGUGAAAAUUCAAGAAGUGAAUCAGGAAGAGGUUAAGGAAAAGGUGAAAGAGAUACCAAAAACUCUAGCACCAAUUCCUAGACCUCCUCCCCCUUUUCCUCAAAGACUUGCUAGGAAGGUUGAUGAUAGCAAACUUGAGAAGCUCUGUGACAUUCUCAAGCAAUUAUCGGUGAAUAUUCCAUUUGUGGAAGAAUUUCAAGAAAUGCCGGGUUUUGAUAUGUAUUUGAAAUACUUGCCAAGAAGAAAACCACCAAGAAUGAAGUGGUGA